AAUUUUGCGUAAAAUUAUAUCGUUACACUUGGAGUAACGGUAAAUAUGAGUUUACUUCCGGCACCGUCGAUGACGUCACACUCACUGCGGCGGGAAUUCGUAUCAGCUCUGAGCCACUGCAGGAAAAACGUGUCAGAAAUGUGACGUGAACUAGCCGUGUUUACGCAGUUUACUGAGUGUUGUGUUUUUACUUUUGCAUAAGUUUAAAGGCUGAAUCUGUACCGCAACUUCAGUUUCAGGAUUGAGAUUUUAAAUGAUGAACAAAGUAAAGUCUACAGUGAGAAAUAAGACCCGAGCAGAGAAGAAAUCUAACAACAAACUAAAGUCUGGAGCCAAAAAAGGAGAGCCGUCCGAGUCGCCGUAUCACCGCUUCCACGAUGCGGCGGAGCUCGGACUGUUUCGAUCCCGCCUGCUGUCCUGGUACGAUCGGACCAAGAGAGCGCUGCCCUGGCGUACGCUGGCCGAGACGGAGAAGGACGUGGACGUCAGGACGUACGGAGUCUGGGUGUCGGAGGUCAUGCUUCAGCAGACUCAAGUUGCCACGGUGAUCGAUUACUACAACCGGUGGAUGAAGAAGUGGCCGACGGUGCAGAAACUCGCAGCGGCGUCGUUGGAGGAGGUGAAUCGGAUGUGGGCGGGACUCGGAUAUUACUCGCGAGGACGGCGACUGCACGAAGGAGCUCAAAAGGUGGUGCGUGAUCUCGGUGGUGAGAUGCCAAAAAGGGCUGAACAACUUCUGAAGCAGCUUCCUGGAGUCGGACGAUACACAGCUGGAGCCGUGAGCUCCAUCGCACAGGGACAGGUGACGGGUGUGGUGGAUGGGAACGUAACGCGUGUCCUGUGUCGGGUUCGGGCGAUCGGGGCGGACAGCGUCAGCGCUCACGUUACCGACGCGCUGUGGAAGUUAGCCGACGCGCUGGUGGAUCCGGAGCGACCUGGCGAUUUUAACCAGGCUCUGAUGGAGCUGGGCGCCACCGUGUGUUCGCCGAAAUCCCCUCGGUGCGCUCAGUGCCCCGUUCGCACGCACUGCCACGCCUACGGCAAGGUCCGAUUACACCAGGACAGAGGCUCCGGGAGACUUCUGGGUAAACUGGACUCGACGCCGGACAGCUCCGUCCCCGAUGUGGAGAACUGCACGAGCGCCGGCGGCUGUAAUCUGUGUCUGUCGGAGGACUGGGACAGCGAGCUCGGGGUGCAGAAUUUCCCCCGUAAACCCGCGAAGAAGGCGCCUCGCGUGGAGCGGACGCUGGUCUGCGUGCUGCGGCGGCAGUGUGGCCGUGACGACGGCGAGAUUCAGUACCUGCUCACGCAGAGGCCCGGUAAAGGGCUGCUGGCGGGGAUGUGGGAGUUACCCAGCAUGCUGUUGGAGGCGGACGUGCCCGAGAAGAAGCACGGAGACCUGCUAAGCACGGAGGUGCAAAGGAUUGUGGGGACUGUGACGGAGUCCUUACAGUACGUGGGAGAAGUGGUGCACAUCUUUUCCCACAUCCACCAAACGUACGUAGUUUACAGCGCGAGUGUGUGUGAGUGUGUAGAGGGACAGAGAGAGCAGAAGAUCUGCUGGCUCGACCAAUCAGCUCUGCAGGAGGCUGCCAUAUCCACCGGCGUUAAAAAGAUCAUGAAGCUUUAUUACGAGUCCACAAGCAAACUGCAGGACACGAAGGUGAGAGAUCAGAAUACAAAGCGAAAGCAUAUUCCUGAAGCUGGAAAAGGCAAGAAGGCCAAACGAGCAGGAAGUGCAGCUAACGGCGGCCUGAAACAGCUCUCAGUCAGCCGGUUCUUCACCACCUCAAAACCAACCAGCAGCUGAAGCUUACAGUCUGAUUCACGAUUCGAUUCAGAUCUCACACUCCGACUCAUGAUUCGAUUCGGAUCACGCACUCCAACUCGCGAUUCGAUUCGGAUCUCACACUCCGACUCACGAUUCGAUUCAGAUCUCACACUCCGACUCAUGAUUCGAUUCGGAUCUCGCACUCCAACUCGCGAUUCGAUUCGGAUCUCACACUCCGACUCACGAUUCGAUUCAGAUCUCGCACUCCGACUCACGAUUCGAUUCAGAUCUCGCACUCCAACUCGCGAUUCGUUUUGGAUCUUGCACUCCAACUCACGAUUCGAUUCGGAUCUCGCACUCCGACUCACGAUUCGAUUAGGAUCUCGCACUCCGACUCACGAUUCGAUUCGGAUCUCGCACUCCGACUCGCGAUUCGAUUCGGAUCUCGCACUCCGACUCGCGAUUCGAUUCGGAUCUCGCACUCUAAUACACAACUUGAUUCAGAGUGCCAAGAAACAAUUCUGAAUCGAUUCUUUAUGCAUCGAUAUUUCUACAUUACGCUAAUUUCCCACUAAAGUGACCACUUUAAAACGUAACUCUUUUAAUCGUUUUCUUUUAAUGUUUCUGGCAUCAUUUAACAUAUUUGUACAUAAUCCAAGCGUACAAGUGGUCUUUUAUGAUUAAAAUCUUUUGUAAUUAAAAAAUAUGCUUGAUCUUAAUGAUCUCUUCCUGAUGAAAUGAUCUUAACCUUCUGUUACAGUUCAAUUUUCAUCAGAAUCAUCGCAGACCAAAAAAUACAUAAAAAUCUGAUGAAUCAUUCUAUAAAUACAUUUUAAAGAGGAAAUCAUGCUGCCUCUAAUAAGAAUCAGUUAUUUACUCCAAUCUGAGGAGUUUUUAAUUUCACAUUCUGUGGUCAGUAAUUAAAGUAAUAGAAUAUAUAAUAUUGCUUGCUUGUGCCACGUUUCUCCUUUUAUCAUUGCUUUAUGUGUUCUACUUCUUUUAUUUUCUUUUAUACCCACGUUUUAGGCCUUUAACCAUGUACGGCUCAACUUGUUGUUUUAAAUAUGCUUUAUAAAUGAAUGACUAACAGCAGAAAUGCUCCGAAUGUUAAUGUAGUGAUAUUGGAGAUUAAAGUGUUUGUCUUUUUGGGGUUUUCAUUGCG